AUGUCUCUACCAAAAACAGACCUCCAUGACUCUCCAAGAAUACCUCUAACCAAGGUCUCCGCUCGUCACGGAACCAGCCAGCUAUUCUCUUCUUCCCCUCUAUCAACAUCCACUUCUUCACCAUUGGCAUCCACAGCUACAAUCACCACAGUUGAUCUUCCCUCUACAAACCAUAACCACCGUCACCAUAUCUCAACCAAUUCUUGCUCCUCUUCUGCAUCAACUUACUCAGUUUCACCUCCAGAUUCUGUCCCUGAAUCUCCAGUUACUGCCUCUCCAAUCCCAAGAUAUCGAUCAGCUCGAGGUGGUGGCGGAGUCCCAAACACAAAUGGCACUUCGACACCAUCUUCCAUCAUUUCUUCUUCUUCUACUUCUUCUUCUUCUCACCAUCAGCCUUCUCACAAGUCUCUUCACUCUCAAUCGAGCAAAUCUUCCAUUUUUUCGCCUGAUAUCGCUUCUUCUUCAUCAUCAUCUUCUCUUAGUUUCAUGCAUAAACUCUCCUAUUUACACCAACACCAUCACAGUCAUAAUAACAACAAUAAUACUCCUACAUUGCCUGCUUCUAAUAAACCCGAUCUACAAAAAUCUUCAACAUCAUCUUCUUCAAAUAAUAUCCAAGCUUCUUCUUCUUCCUCUUCGCAUGAUAGUGCUGCAUCUUCCACCUCAACAACAUCUCAUAAAUCAAAAUACACAACCGCUUCUCUUAGAUCCCCUCAAUCUUCUUCAAUACAAACUUCUGAGUCGUUGCUCCAAAAACAUUGUUUACAACAACAACAACAUCAACAACCACCAUCUUCAACAUCUCUUUUAGAACCACCAAUCAAACUAGAAUCUCCUGUCCCUAAAUAUCUCCAACAUCCUUCCUCUUCUACUUCAUCUUCCUCCUCAGCUCUCUCUGCACAGAUUCGUUCUCCAAGCUCCACUAGAACCCCACUUAGCGAGCUUCGCAGACCUUCUUCCACUUCUAGCUCGGCCUCCUCCCCAUCCAUGCCCCCCUCACCAACUUCUUCUUCAGUCAAGGAAACAAACUAUGUCGUCAUCGAUGUCAACCCCGUCUCAGGAAGAAAACUACUUAACAAGUACGAAAUUAUUAAAGAGUUAGGUCGUGGCCAGCAUGGCAAAGUCAAGCUUGCUCUCGACACUGAAACAAAUGAAUUGGUGGCUAUUAAAAUUGUUGACAGGCUUGGCAAACCAAAACUUGGUCGUGUUCGCCCAGGUCUUAGUCAUGAAGAUAAAGUCCGCCGGGAAAUUGCCAUUAUGAAAAAAUGCCACCACCCAAACAUUGUCAACCUACUGGAAGUUCUUGACGACUCGUCUUCUAAAAUCUACCUGGUUCUCGAGUACUUGGAACGAGGUGAAGUUCAUUGGCAAGACGCUGAUGGGAAUCCUGCGCUUACCCAAGACCAAGCCCGUGACGUUGCUCGAGACGUCAUUUCUGGCCUUGAAUACCUGCAUUUCCAAGGCAUCAUUCAUCGCGACAUAAAACCUGCAAACCUCUUGCGUGACAAAAAUGAUACUGUUAAAAUAUCUGACUUUGGUGUGUCCUAUGCAACCAACCUCGAUGCUAACACGAGCGAUGAAUUUGAGUUGGCAAAAACCGCGGGAACACCGGCUUUUUUCGCACCCGAGCUAUGUGCAACAUCAUCCCCUGAUGGGGGCCCACGACCCCCUAUCACUGCUAAAAUUGAUAUCUGGGCUUUUGGUGUCACUCUUUUUUGCUUAAUCUAUGGCAAACUCCCAUUUAGCGCUGAAAACGAGUUUGAGCUUUUUGAUGUGAUUGCAAAUGAUCCCUUGGUUUUCCCAGACGAAGUCUCGGAAUUCCCAGUCCCUAAAAAGAAGCGCAACUUUCAUUCAAUCUUUUACAAUGCCGAUCUUUCAAAUGAUUCUUUGGACGACUUGGAGGAUGAACAAGAGGGACAACAGUCUCCUCAAAGUGACGGUAACACUGAAGAUAUUGAGAGACCCCCCGUUGUUCCAAACCCAGCACUUACUUCAGUCAAGGACCUUUUACGUAAGAUUCUUGAAAAAGAUCCUACAAAACGCAUCGAUUUAAAUGGCAUCAAGCACCAUCCUUGGAUGAUGGAAGGCAUGGAUCUUCCACGCCUUGAACACUUUUUGACAGACACCACAGAUGAUCAGCGCAUUGUUGUCACCAAUGAAGAUGUCCAACGGGCUGUAUCUGGAAUCGGAAGUCGCAUUAAGCGCGGCAUAUCCCGUGGCUUGUCGCGAUUAGGUUCUUCUGCGCUUCACUUUGCCGGUCUCAGACGUAAGGGGUCCUCUUCUUCUUCCUCGGCAAACCCAUCCGGAGCUCCCUCGCGUUCCGUUUCCAGAGACACAACACAUAGAUCACCCUCUGCAUCCACCAUUGGCUUAAAGUCCCCAAAACAGGGCCCCAGCAGAAGCGACGUAAAAGCCCGCAAUAAAAAGUACUUUGAGUCAUCUACCAUUCUCUCCUCAACAAGCAGUGGCCACGAGUCGGAUUACUCGACAACCUCAUCGUCCCGAUUCAAUUCUAGGAAAAAUACCGGGAACAGCGCUCCCAAUGCCGCAGCCGCCAUGGCUGCUGUAGGCCCCGCUGCUGCUACUAUUAACGACAACUCUCUUCAACUUAUUGAUCAGGCUAUCUUGAGUUCACGCCGCAGCACAAGCUCAAGCUUCUCCAGUUUGUCGUCGCUUUCUAGUUUGCAAUCUGGUGGUCCACCCUUAACUUGGCAAACCUCCAAUCCUAGAGAAUACCAGAUUCAUGGUCAUAACAGAGAAAAGUCUCUGACUGGUGCAAUAAUUAGUCGCACAAAUAGCAACAACACUGCUGGAAUUGGAUCCGGAGUCUCUGCAGCUUCUGCAGCAGCAGCAGCAGCAGCAGCCGCUGCCGCUGCCUCAUCUGGGGACCCGAGCCAUCUUUCGUAUUCAUUGCGAUCGCCAGGAAGCUUAUCGCCAACAAUGCAGUCGCCAAUCACCCCAGUCAUGGGAGCCAUACCAUCAGAUAUUGGCGCAAUAGAUACACGCCAGAAGUCAGCCACACCACGGCUCACCAUUCCUUCUUUUUCACCAUUUAGAGGAGGUCAGCUUCUUUCUGGAGACAGCGACGAAGAAAGUGCAAGCAGCUGUGAUGACGGCAGCGGCACCGACGGAGUCAACUUUGUUGUGUCACCACAGUCGUCGUUCCCUGCUGCUCCACCAAGACUUCCAUCCAGCCGUCAUAACCUCAAGCUUCACAGUGUUUUGACGGAUACCUCCAGCACAGGAAGUGAAUCGGAUGACAGUAGUAGUGCUUGUAGCCCAACCAAUAGCCGUGGCAAACCUUUAAUUCCAAAGCAUUCGUAUCCAUUGGGGGACUAUGGAGAUUACUAUGGAGCAACUGGAUACUCGGACGGAUAUGACUAUGACGAUAAGCUAGGCACAUCCUACAAUAGCAUUAGGGGAGACAGUGUAAGCAUACCGUUCCAUUCCCCUAGUAACACUUUUAGCUCGAGUGGGCUGGCGACGCCGGUUGCCGGCUCGGCCAGUAUUUCCGGCCCAUCGACAAUAACUACAACGGGGCUGGGCCCCGUGCCUGCAGGCCAUGAUGGCAGCAUGUGCAGCACGGAGAGCGCAGUUAGCGCCGCUAGCACAGCCAGCUAUAGCACACUGAGCGGGCUCAAGGGCUCGAGCAGUCACCAAUUGCCUCAGUUGGAUGUGGAUGAUGGCGAUAGCGGGUUAUUUGGAGAUGAUGAGCGAGGGUUUGGAGAUGACUCGGAGUUGUUUUUACGCAAGAAGUCUACCUCGUCAUCUUACCAACAUCGUUUAAGCACAUCUAGUGAUAUGCAACCGCUAUCGAGUGUUCCUGAAAUAACAAAUAUUACAAAUACCACCCCAAUGAAGAUUAACGCUUUAACACCAGCACACUUACGCAACAACGGGUCUCGACCCACCCUCACGAGCUCUUCAGCUGCAUCCAUCAACUCAGUAUCUUCCUCGUCUUCUGAUGAAGGCGGCGGCGGUUUGACAUUGGUGGUGGAGCGCAGAAAGAGCAGCACACCGGCAAGUGUUCCAUUAUCUGCAAACAGUUCUGCUCCUUCGCUUUCUAAGAAAAACUCGCUACCGCCGAUCCCCACCCCAACUUAUGCCACCAUCUCACGGCUUGUAUCUACGCCUGGACCGGUGACACCAACAGGGUCUGGCAGCGUGGUUGGAUCGGGUGUCUCGACGCCUACAGGAGCCCGGUUUUCGACUAACUCUAAGUUUGCACCGGUGACUGCUCCACGAUUGUCACCCCACCCAUCCAAGACUGCAGCUACUGCAGGAUUUAACCCAUCAUCACCAGCCAGCUUUAACGCGCGCCGGGCAGAUAGUAUUAGUAGCACUGUGAGCCGGCUGAGCACCAGUAGCGGCGGGAGCGAGGUGCUACCAUUGCCAUCGAAUCUUGCUUCGGAGAUGCUUGGCGGCGGUGUUGGUAGUGGUGGACUAAUGCCAAUGUCCCCUGGGUUUGCUUAUGACGAUAUGGAACAUAUUGUGGCUCAUCAUACGUACCGUCAACCUCCUGGGGUUAGCAUCUCAACACCAAUUACGCCCAGUGGGGUGCCCACAACACCUGGAGGCAUGAUGCCGCUGGCAUACUCAGCUACUGGAGAUAGCGGAUUAUCUGUAUUGCCGAGUAGUGGUAGCGGGUACUCGCUUCAUAUGACCACAAGUCACGAUAGUACAGUGAGUGCUGGAAGUAGCAGCAGUGCCAACUCGUCAUCCGGGUCAUUGGUAAUUAAUGUACCACGACGGUCAGCCAACAUUACGCCAGCCAGUAGCCGCACCAGCAAACCAGGGAGUAAUAGAGAAAAAGAAGAAGGGGAAAACGGCAAUAAUAAGAACUUAAGCGGUGACAGUCAACGAACAGGUCGCAGCCACGGCCCAGGAUACGGGGCACAUGCGCGAAGCCGGUCAGUGGCAGUGGGCGAAGUCCAGUACCACCGGCAAAUGGUGGACGCAUACAAGUGCGACGGGUCUGCGUAUAACUAUACAACACCUGGGCCCGCGAGUCCUGUAUGUGGGGUUGGUGCUGGGUUUUGCUUGAGCGAUAGCGACGACGAUGACGAUGACGAUGACGAUAAUGAUAGCGAUGAGACUCAAGAGCUUCAACUGGAGUUUGGACGCGGAUCAUCGGGGAUACGAUCGCCUGUGUGCAAGUGA